UAGGGCAAUACAUUGGUAGUUUGUGUCACAGCAAGGAAAGCUCAAAGUUUCGGUCGUCCCUUGUUGCGGAGGACAGUCUCUGUGUUGCAGCUCGCUUGUGGUCGUCGGUCUCUCAUUUAUUGCUGUUGAAACAUAUUCCUUACAGUUUCGAGUUAGCAUUGUAGUCGCACUCCGACUAAGGAGCUCCUGAUACUUCUCAUUGCAAGCACAUUACGACAACUUCGACUGAGGAUUGAAGAUGUUGAUGUACCGUCUCACCGAAAACGGGCCCGAGCAGGUCCGUUACCGCAUAUUCUCGACUUCACGCACGGUCCUGCCGGACAAAUAUCCUGCACGAGACAAUACUCUCCCCAUAAUUGUCAUACCAAUUUGCAUGCCCAGAAUAUACCUCAUGUGGCCGGGCUGUACUGAUCAGGUGUGGUGGGUAGCUCCCGACUGGUUGGUACUUCUAUUGGGGCGACUUGCCGUGGUAGCGCUCGGCUUUUGUAUGUGGAGGUCGCCGAAAGUGCUUCCUCGCCCACCCCCCGGGGAGGGGAUCCUUGACCUGUGGCGCUGGGUGCGGGUGUCCACUACAUGAUGAUGAUGAUGUGCUUCGCGGUACAGAGUGUUUUCUGAUGAUGUUGUUGUAGCUGGGGAUUUAUAAUUGAUUUGUCGUGCUCUCGUACUCGAAGCUGACGAGAUUAUAUUAUGCGGUUGCACUCGGUACCGCAGUAGAAGCACUCCCAAAGUUGUCAUGCGUGGCGACCCAUCUCAGUCUUAGAAAUUGGGUGGUGAAGAUUUUCAGCAGGAGAAGAAAGUGAACAACUUCGUUGUCCUGCCGGUGUCGGAUCCAAAGUUGUAUGCUUUGAAAAGAUGUCUGAGACAGGGAAUUUGUGAUGGUGAUUUGCGGAUACCCGAAGCUCUUUUAAAUGCAUGACAAAGUUUCGAAACGAAUUCUCAUUGUUCCUGGCAAACAGGACAGUAAGUUGCGUUUUAUUCCCAUGUACAAUUGAAAGAAAACCACUAGAUUUUUGUCAGUAUUCACGCGCAAGCGCCACAAGUUGCAUCUGCCCUGAACUGCAGACCUAAUUUUUGCAAUUUACAACAGGAAUCGCGGAACACUGGAGAAAAGCAUAUCAAAUGCAAAUAUGUCUGGGUCCGGAGGGGUGCAAGGUUUGUCAUGCACAUUUCGCAUGACUCCUGAUGUCUGUGAUGCAUGCCCUAGCAUCACAGAUUUUCCGCUGUCGCAAAAGUUGGGACUCUUUACCUGAUCAUGCAAUACAGAUUUUUGCAGAAUCCAAAUGCACCAUCACAAGUUACAUCCUUCCAGACCCAGACACUCUUGCAUUUGAUAAAGCAACUGGGUGGACGAUUUGCAAAUGACCGAAUCCAUCGCCCUCACGCCGGAGCCGGCAACGCCGCGCAGGUGCCUAGUCACACUCGCGUUCGAGCGCUGGGCGCGCCGUACGGAAGAAGCGGCAGCGAUCCGGCGCGGAUCGCUAGACAAGAACACGCACGAUCUCGAGGUGGUCCAGGAGGCCGUGGAGGAGGACGAGGACGUGAAAAAGGACCGCGGCCGCUGCUUAUCCGCUGCAGAGAAAGUAGUGUUGCAAGGGUCUGGAAGCUUGCGAUGUUGGAUUCUUUGCCAAGAAUGCAGCCGGGCAUAAAGGGCAUGAAAGACGCUGCGUCGUGUCUGGCGGGCAACUCUUCAAGAUGUUGUGUCCUACUUACUUGCAUGACAAGCCUCACAAGUAUAAAGCUGAAGGUUAUUUGUCGGCCAAGCAAUAAAGAUCUUUGAAAGAAAUCGCCAGACAUGGAGAAUCUAGCUUCUCCAGACCCCGGCGUUCUGCAUUGGAUACGCUUCCGUGGCGGAAACCGUGUCAACCCAGGCAUCUGAUGACGAGGACGUGAUGUAACUGUUGUAUCCGACAGGAGUGGUCGAGGACCCGAAUGCUGCAGCAGAACUGUUUCCAUUUUCCAUAAAACGUCUCCACUGCCAGCUUUUUUCUGGUGCAUAAGCAUCCAGCACAAAAUUUUUUUUUGUUUUUUUUUUUGCCCACUUUUCAGCUGCUUCACCUCGAAACAACAGUACUCAAGCCACUCCAGAUGUUAUAUUAACAGCACUCAAACAUAAUGAGGAAACGCUGGCUACCCUAAUAUGAACCCAUCGUUGCCAAUAAUUGCGCAGCAGGGAAAGAGACAUUCGCUUUUUGAUUUUGAGUAAUGUAAGAAAGAGCACGAAAACUAUUGAUACUCGCGUCUGUACAUCCAGAGAAAGAAUCGAUAGCAAGAAAAUACUCAAAAAACGAAACGGAUGAAAAAAAAAUGUGCUGAAUAAGUGAGUCAGGCAAAUAACGAAAAAGACUCCAGGUGUAAGCACUGACAAACUUUCAGUUUACUAGAGAAGUCACAAACUAUCGAACUAGAAGAUUCUUCCCUCUGGGAUACUUCUUCGUACCUCCUAGCGUGGUCCGGCCUCGCUGACCGCCGAUAGAUACUACUUUCGCCCGUAAAUGGGAUUUUGGAAGCAGUUUCGGACACUCUGACUUCAGAAUUCUAACGCACGGAGCAUCAGUCUUGAAAAUAAAAUAAGCAUGGGAU